AUGGAGGACCACUACACAAACUGCGCCAAGCAGCGUCCGAACCAGCGAAGGCUCCAGCGUAGACAGCACCCCAGAGCACCCCCCUAUUACAAUGACAUAGUUAUAGGAGCAGUGUGUUGUCGGAUCGACACGUCCGAGAACCAGUUAAGACUUUACAUAAUGACCCUGGGCUGUCUACAGCCCUACAGGAGACUGGGCAUAGGGACGGUCAUGCUGCAGCAUGUUCUCAGGAUAUGUGACAAAGAUGCAAACUUUGACAAUGUAUUUCUACAUGUACAAAUAAACAACGAUGGUGCGAUUAGAUUCUAUGAAAAGUUUGGGUUUGAAAUUGUGGAAGAAAAACAAAACUAUUACAAGCGAAUAGAGCCAGCGGACGCCUAUGUGUUACAGAAGUCCUUUCGUGUAACGAACAACAACAAUCAGCCAGCUAGUGAGGAGACUACGUCCAAUAACACAGAUAUGAUGGAGUCCUGAAUAUAUUCACCAUGGAUCAUGAUGACACUUGAAUUCCUGAUGUUACAAAGACAUUUUUUGAAUGUGAGAAUAUAGAUUUGAAGUGCUUUAAACUUACUAGUUCUUCAACAGAACAAAGCUGUUGGUCUUGUAGUCCUUUGUUACGAAGUUCCAAAAUGUGGGAUAUUCAUCUGACAUUGGGACAAGACGGGGUGCUUUUAUUGUUCUU